GGAAGAGCUGCGCAGACGUGCAGCAGAAACACAAACACACAUCUGCCAACAGUCAAGAGCGCGGUUGCCUGUUCAUCCGAAUUCAAACCACCUGCCCUAUCGAUCUUGGCUGGGCAGGAGCACCAUUGAGUGUUUGCAAGGCCUGCAGGGGUUCAAGUGGAUCUUCAUGCUCUCGGUCAGCGGGACCUCAUGGACGACGGACAGUGGCAGAGCGACGGCCCAGUGAGGCGAGGAGGAGUAACCGACCCCGACCUCCUAAAUGACUCUGACUCCAGCCGCAGCCCGGACGAGAACCAGAACCGACUGGUGGAGGAAGCCGAAGAGGUCGAACAGGGGCCCCGUGGUGGACAGAGACCCCUCCGACAGAAUCAUACUAACAACAAUGGUGAUGAUGAAGAUUAUGACAGUUCCAAGGUGGAGGACGAGGAAGAUGAGGAGGAGGAAGAAGUGGACAGUAACAGUGGCGCAUACUCUCCAGAGCUGGAUGGACACAUCCGAGACUCACCAACACCCAGCCCCAGUCCCACAGUGUCAGAGGGGCUUGUGAGCCCUGAAGGGACGCCUCACAGCGAUGCUGGAUCACUCCAGGGCUUCGCUCGCUCCCUGGUGGCAUCUCUGCAGGAGUUGGGGGAGCAGGGAGACCAUCCUCUUCUGCCACAGUGCCUCCAUCAGAUUGCAGAGUCAUAUAUGCAUGAGGAGGACUAUGAGAGAGCGGUCAGGUUUAUACAGUUAGAGAGGCUCUAUCACGAACGUCUGCUGUCCAACCUCAGCGCCCUACAGCAGCAGUGGGAGAGGAGAUGGAGUUUGGGUGGCCAGUAUCAGGACGGUCGAGAAGACAGAGACAGUGACAUGGAUGCUGAACACCUGGAGAAACUGAGACACAUCUGCAGAACGCACAGACAGCCUGCAUGGAGCGUUGAGAAGUGCGAGCUGUCCAAAGUGCAAAGGAACAGUGUGAUCAGAGAAACACAGGGAGGAGAGCAAAACCUGAACACGCAAGAGCUUUCAUGCAGCUCAGGGAAGGUUAUGGAGGAUCAGAGCACAUCUGAGGCACAACAGGAAGUCAUCCAGCCUGAAGACUGUAGCAGCACCGCCCCACAAUCCCACAAGAGCGAACAGCAGCAUGACCCCUCCCCCUCCUCGGCCACACCCUCCUCCUCCUCCUCGGCAGUGACGGACAGCUCCUCCUCUCCAGCCAGUGAAGACGUAGGAGCAGAAGAGGACAGCGGCGUAAGCGUGGCAGCUUCCCACAGGGAUGCCGCACCAGAGCCCCAGUUACCAAUGGACACAGCUCAACCAGGCAACGUGGAGGCCCAGCCUCCUCAGACAGACACUGACCCUGGAGUAGUAAUGGAGAGAACAGGGGACAGUGUGGAUACAGGGCAGGAGCCCGUCCCACACACUAAGCAGGAAGAUACAGGGGAGGUAGAGGAGGCUUUGAAGCUGGAAGGAGGAGAAGAUCAGGUGCCUCUGGAGCAGGAAGCUUCUGAGAAAACACCAGAGUUGGAGCUGGAGGAGAACGGGAACGGGGUGGAGUCGCUGGAUUUUAUGAAUGUUUCCAUCCUGGAUGACAUGGCCAAACGCAUACAGGUGGAAGAGAUCACUCCAGCUGCUGGUCUUGUGUCUAUCUUGAAGAGAAGAGUCUCUCUGGAAGGAGCCAACAGCUCUGUCCCUCCCGCCCCUAAACCCGGCUCUAAACGAAAAGUCCGUUUCCGAGAGCCUGACGAAGGCCUGGACCACGAUGAGGUGGGCGGAGACUCUUGGCUGCUGCUCCUUUUGUUGUGCUUGGCUACCGUAGUGAUCAGUGUGGGCGGGACUGCUCUCUACUGCACGUUCGGAGACGCCCAAUCAAGUGUGUGCACGGAUUUUUCCCAUAAUAUGGACUUCUACAUCGGACGGGUACAGAGGGGCAUGGAUGAGCUCAAACACUGGCUGUCCCCGAGCUCAUAGCAGGACGGACGAAGUCAUUUUCUUCUCAGUUUCUUCUUCUCGGUAGCCUCCGUGAUCUUUAAUGCUGAGAUAUACUAUACAUAGGCCUUUGCUGGGUCACGCCGUCACGGAUGAAGCCCAAACGAGCCCGUCGGUCGUGUCCUAAAGGGGACGUCCGGCCCCUGGAAGGCACAGCAAACCACUCUGGCCAGUUUUUGACUCAAGUAGCCCACUGUUUACUGCCAUCAACUGAACCUCAUAUGAAGAGACUUCAUUUUUAAAGUCUUAAAUCUGAAUCUUAAUACUCGGUUGACAGAGUUUUGUCUUUUAUUCAUCAGAAAAGUGAAUGAAAAUCAUGGUACUUAAGAUAUAAUAACGGACAUAAUCAUCUGUAGCCUGGACGUAGCAUUUUCCUGCUUGGAUGGACUUAUGGAAAUGUUUAUGGGGACAGGAAAGCAAUACAUGUAUAUUGAGGAAUUAUAGAUAUAGUUAUAGAUAUAUAGAUACAGUCAGCAAAGAGGCAAAUCUUGGUUAUCAUAGUUGCCCAUUUAUUAAUAUAGGAAUUUCCCAGUAGAUUCUGCAAUAUUUUGAUCAUUAAAAAGUAAUCAUUGAGGAUAAUCAAUAUAUUUUCUUUAAAAAAAACAAAUCUGCUAUUGUACAUACAGUUAACAGUGUCAUACACCAUCCCGUCAGACUCAAUUUUUUUAUUAUUAUUAUUAUUAUUAUUAUUAUUAUUAUUAUUAUUAUUAUUAUUAUUAUUAUUAUUGUUAUUGCUACUACUAAAUUACUAGUAUUUACAUUUCUUUUUAUUCAGCUGGCUGGUGAGGGGGGAAUAUAUAUAUCUCAAGUUUUAUUUUAUUUUAUACUUUUAUUUGAUAUUUUAUUUUUUGUAUUUGAUAUUUUAUUUUAAAUUUUAUAUAUUUUUUAUAUUUUGUUUUAUUUGAUAUUUUAUUUUUCAUUUUAUUUUUUUUUUUUUAUUUACAAUUUUAUUUUUUAUUUUAUUUAAAUUUACUUUUUUUCUUUUUGUUUUAUUUUACUUUUAGUUUAUAUUUUAUUUUAUUUAAAAAUUUAUAUUUAUUUUAUAUUUUAUUUUUUGUUUUAUUUUAUAGUUUUUUUUAUAUAUAUAUAUAUAUAUUUUUUUUUAAAUUUUAUUUUAUUUUAAUUUUACAUUUUAUUUUUUGUUUUAUUUUAUACUUUAUAUUUUAUUUUAUAUUAUUUUAUUUUAAACAUCCAAAUCUAUGAAAUGGCAUUUUCCCCAUAUAAAUGAAUUGGUAACUGUGCCAACUAGGAUUUGUUUUCCUCUAAACCAGGCCUCCAGUAUAAUUGUAUUUAGCAAAGGUACGUUUUUAAGAUGAAAUCAGUUCUAGAACGAGAAUGUCAUAUGAUUUUAAUAUCAUUUGCUCAGGCAUGUCUCUUGUUAAUAAUCUUAACAGUUAUUGUAAUCAUGCUGUUCAAAUCCUAUUUCAUUUUUUUUUGUUGUUAUAAUAUGACCUCCUGUGUUAAAGAAGUCACAUUUAUUCUCGUUUGGUUAUUGUCAUAAGUGCAUCCUGUGUUUAUUAUGCCGAAUCUGUGUCUUGAACACCUUUUGUUUCUUUCUAAAGCACAGUCUUACUAUGGUAAUGUCAACUUAAGUCUGCAGUAAAUGAAGUUAAAGUACUGUAUAGAUUUAACACAUAGAUGUCAGUUUGCUGUGCUCUGCUCAAGUGCAUGAACGUACUUGGCGAGAACCGUACAGGUUUAUUUUGUGUUCUCUGUUUUUUUAUUUGUUGUAUGUUGUCUGGCUGGUUCAGAUGACUGUUGAAUGUCUUUAUUGUGUGAGUUUUCAGUAUUUAUUUAAUGCAAAACAGAGUCUUUUAGAAUCACACAUUCUGGUGCAUGCACUCUUUUACUGUCUGUACAGAGACAAUUCGAGACAUUGGAACUUCUAUUUGUUUUACCUAAUUUUGAUUUUGUGUAUAUAUCAUGUGAUGAUUGCUGUAUUUCCUAAUUGUAUGGUUCAAAUCUGUUUAGUUAUUGUCUCGGGGGAAAAUUUUGAAGGAAAAUGCAAUAAGAUGUCUGACCAAAAAUACCUGGUGAAUAAAUCUUAUUGUUGGGA